AUGUCCCCAUCGACAGCUGCUAUGUCCGCUCUCUCCCUCCUCCGCUCGAGGCUCUCGGCAAAUCUUGACCAGCUCAGUCCAGAGCUAGCGGAAAAGUAUGGCCCGUUCUGCGAUAUGACGAGCAACCCGGCGGUACUAGCUGCUCUUAUCGCGAGCGAUACGCAUAUAGAAGAUGUGCGAAGAGCUGUUGCAAGAGCUAGAACCGAGGCGGAGGGAGACAUGGAUGAGACCAUAGAGCUGGCUAUAGAUAUGCUGGUUGUGACGAUAUCGAAACUCACACUUGACCACCUGACUGGGCGGGUACAUGCUCAAGUAUCCCCUCGACACGCCCUCUCGGUCGAAUCUACCAUCCUCCACGCCCAUCGCCUCAUACGCCUCUUUGCCUGGGACGGUAUCUCUCCCGGCCGCAUAUGUCUUCAAAUCCCAGCGACUGGCGCUGGAAUGGUAGCUGCCGCUCAGCUCGAAAAGUCAGGCAUACGGACUUGCGCCACCACAGUCUUCUCCCUCCCUCAAGCCCUUGCAGCGGAACAAGCGGGAUGUCUUUACGUCGCGCCUUACUUCAACGACAUGGCGGUGCUCUUCCAACCUGGCACAUGGAGGGCGUACAACGAUCCGGGGAUGGAACAUCCUAUGUCCGGCGUGAUAAGGGAUAUCGUGGAUGCGUAUGAGGGUAUGGUGCAGAAAGCGGGCAAGGGGAUCAAGGGACACCGGCCAGAAGUGAUGGUCAUGAACCUAGUGACGCCUGGGGAGGCGCUGGCGGUCAGCACGCUGGGGGUGGACCAUAUCAGCCUGUCAGGGAAGGUGAUGGAGGAGCUAGCGGGAGGGAAGAACGAGGCGACUUUUAUGCCGGAGGUUCUGGACGAGCAUGAAGCGAUUCUGCAGCCAAUGGAGCUGGAUGAUGAGAUGGGGAGUAAGAAGGCAAAGGGGAAGGGGAAAGAGAAAGUGCCGGUGGCCACCAUCCCCGAUACAGACUGGUUAGCGGACGACGGUGCUGCGCUGGAUGAAGCUAUACGCAGCGACGAGGAGGUCAGCCGGAAAUUGGAGUAUGCCGUGAAAGCUUUCGAGGAGUGCGAAGCAAGAAUAGCAAUAGUCAUUCGGCAGAUGCUACUGGCUUCUUAG